AUGGCAGAUUCCAGAAACAAUUAUCAUCAACUUAUCUCUUCUUUUGAUGUAUUAUCAACUAAUGGUAACAGCAUUGAUACCGCACACCAGAAUUCUGCACCAAGAUCAUCAUCAACAGCUAGUGAUUCAGGCGUUAAUCGUGUACCUAUCGGGACAAGGUUCUACGGCGCCAAUUCCAUAGAAACACCAGCACUGAUAAUUAAUGGUUUUCAAAGGAAAAGAUAUGUUGGCCGGUUAAAUCCAAUGACGAGAUCUCCAAUCCCACUUGGUCAUAGUACUUUCACACAUGGAGAUACUUCCUACAAUCAUAUGAAUGGUUUGAGUUACCCGGUCGACCCUCUUAAUUUUCGGAACCACAUUGGUAGUCCUAAUUUGGGUCGAGGUUUUCUUGGUAAUUCAUAUAUUAAUCAUGGUCAUCAACCCUUUCAGAAUUUCGACCUUGGAAAUUCUCACUGUCGUUAUAUAUUAGAACUUGUAAGUAAUGAUAAUGAAAUAUUCCGAGUGACGCAGUUGUUGCGCUCUCCCAACGCGUUCAUACAACUCGUUUAUGUUAUCACCGAUGCAGUCAAUACACAACUUGGGUCGCGUGCCAUGAAAAAUCUUAUCAAACUGGUCAUGGGUGAGCCGUCACAUAUUGCGUGUGUGAUGCGUGUCAUGAAACCUCAACUAUUAUCAAUGAUGGUGAACCAAUAUGGCUCGACUGUGAUUCAAUGUUUCUUACACUGCCCUUAUCUUAAAGGGAAUACGGAUAUAUACGAAACCGCCGUAAUCAACUGCAUAGACUUGGCAACAACCAAACAAGGAUGUAUCUCUCUCAAAGCUGUUAUUAAGUCCAUAGGAGAUCACCCCCUACAUGUUGCGCUUCUGUCCACCAUCCUAAACAAUGCUGCGAUCCUCUCUGAACACCGUUACGGGAAUUAUGUUGUGCAAGAUGUUCUUGAUCACCACCCUUAUACUGCAAAUCAUCUGUUCGAGAUUAUCAGGGAAAACUUGUUUAGGCUUUCUAUGGAUAUGCAUGGCAGUCCCGUUAUAGAGAAAUGUAUUUCAUCAGUUGCUGUCGAUAGUGUUGUUUCGGAGUUGCUCUCUGAUGGUAAACAACUUGUUGAAUUAGCUCAAGAUAAGUAUGGCAACUAUGUCAUCCAAAAAGCUCUCAAGGAAACAAAGGGGAAGACCUAUGAAAAAUAUCUCCAAUUAGUUGACAUCCUUCGCAAAAGUUCGAGUGAUCUGGAGAAUCAUCCUAGCGGAAGGAAUGUGUAUAACCUGAUAAAAAGAGCAAAUAAGUACUCUAAAAACAACGGGAUCACUAAGUUGCAUAGUAGUGAUGUAGCAGUGUACUGUCGAAGUAUUAUGUUAUGUUAG